GUCACUUCUGUGUUUUUGAUCGGCGGAUCAAUGCGACUUCAGUACUGAAAGAGCUCUUCUCGGCGAAACAAGUUGGGCGCACGCAAACGAAAAAUUGUAUACAAAAGACAUUGUGUAUAAUAGACAUUAUUUUUGUUUUUUUUUUAUAAGUUUUUUCUAAAAAGUUUCUGCGAAUGACGAAGAGCCCCGUUUUAGUGUGUGCCCCUAAGAUCGGCGAUCGUAAAAUAAGUGGGGUGAUAUAGUGCGGAGUGACCGACGAGGUUCUUGUUUUUUUACUGAGAAAGCAUAUCAAAAGUGGAGAAAAAAUAAAAAAGAAACAGAAUGAAUUCGCGACGAAUUACUCUGGUCCUACUCGGCAUUUUUCAUUUGUUUUCUGUCCAUGAUGCACUAACCUAUCCGGAGCGCUUCGAUCGUCUGCCCAUUUGGGGUGGCCAUUCCCAAAUCCGUGGGGCGCUGAUGGAUCCCGCCCAACGGGAGAAUCGGGAAAGCAGGGAGAACAGGGUGGACAUAUGCCGGCACUGUUACUGCACCCAUCUCAAGGCCAUCUGCGAUUACAAGCUGAACAAAACGCUCCCAAACGAAUUUAACGACGAGUUAUUGGUGCCGCUGAACAUCAAAUACAUCGAGGUGCGGCUGACUGCUGGCACCCAGUUCGUGAUGUACGAGAACUUCUUCCAGGACAACCAGGUGAACUACUUCGGUGUGAUCGGAGUGGGGAAGGAUGACCAGGUGGAAAUAACCAGCAAUGCAUUUAGCCACAACAAAGGUGGCUAUCCCAGCAUCGAAAUAAGAAACGUAUUGCGCGUUUUCCUGCGUGAGAAAUUCCUGACAGGUGCGGAGUACAAGCUGCUGGUGGAGGAUGUUGAACAGCUAUCCGUGUUCUCCAAUGCCCUUCAGAUGACCAAUCUGGACUGCUCCCUCAAGCGAAUCAAGCAGCUGAAUAUUAUGAAGAACGCCUUCAAUCCCGGCGUUGCCAAGUAUGGAAUAAACCUGCGCGUCGAGGAUUCGUACAUCAAUCAGCUGGGUAUCUUCGGCGUGUCCAUGGGCAAGGUGAGCCUGUUGCGCUGCCACAUCGACAUGAUCAUGAGCAAUGCCUUCGACGUCACCAGCAUCAAGGAGCUGAUCAUCGAGGGCUGCAAAAUCGCGGUGAUCGAGUCCCAGGCGCUGACCAACAAAUUGCACAGCGACAAGGUGGCCAUUCUGGACACGGUGAUCGGUACGAUUGAGGGUCAGGCGAUAAGCCAGAGUGGUAUAACCACAAUGAUUAUGUUUGGAAAUACAAUCACCAGAAUACGUACGAAUGCCAUUCAAAUAGCCGCCGUUAGUCUGUUCAUACGCAACAAUUCAAUGAGCCACGUGGAGCCCAAUUGGCUGAGUGUCAGCCAGGCCGAUCAAGUGGAGAUUGCCAAUAAUCGCUUCCAGGACUACGGACGCUGCGAGCUGAACAUAGCCUCCACGAACUGCAGUUUCCGCAACAAUAUACUGCAGAAUCCGCAGGCGGGCAGCCUCAAUUUCACGUGUCGCGUCCAUCAGGUGCGCGUGGGCAACGAGUGCACGUGCAACAAGUCCUGGCUAUCGCAGCUAACCGAUCACGAUCUGGAAUCGGAAAUCAUGUGCCAGGUGGCGGAGCGUGAUCAUGACUGCUUCAAUGCCACCAAUACGGAUAUCCGCCGGUAUGUCAACGAGGCAUGUGGCAGCAAUGGGACUCGUUACUGUGUGGUUGGCCAGUGGGUGACCAGAACGGCAAGUGAUCAGUUCAGCAACUCCAUUAAAUUGCCCAUCACGAAGUUAGCCAAGUGGAUUAUGAUUUCCCUACUAGUGAUUUUCAUAGUUGUCUUGGUGGCGACCAAGCUUUGGCGCAGUGGAUGUGGUGCUGCUGGCGGUGGCAUGACCACUAAUAAAUGCCAAAUCGAGGAGGACAUUCGCGACCAACUGCUCCAGCUGGCAAUGGAACUGCCCGAUGGCAGUGUCGCGCGCAAGGGUAUACUGAAGCUAAUCAACGGUCACCUGGGCAAGACGGAGUGCCACGAGAGAAUCUUCUUUAUCCUGGAAAACAUGCCGAAGUGCGAGUUGAUCGAAAGAUUGCUGCUCAGGCACAUAUCGCAGAGUCACGUGGAUGCCAGUGACUCGACGGGCGAGGCAUAUGCCAUCAACGCCUUCAUUUCCAGUGGCAGUGGCAGUGCCAGUGCCACAGCACUACCACCGAUGCCCAGUGCGCCCAGCGCGCCCAGUUCUGUUCCCAGUGAGGGCGGAUUCGAUGAUGAGCCCAUCUACCAGGAGCCCGAUCAGCAGCGACCGCUCAUCGCCGACUACUCAUCGCCGCUGCAUUCCGUCGAGGAUACGUACUCGGAGCCGAUCAAUGCGACGAAUACGAGCGACAUGCCACCGGCAUAUCAAUAUGCCACGCCAAUGCGCAUCCUGACACGCCCACCGAUGCAGCAGCAGCCAUCGACGGUGGCCAGUUAUGCCACGCCCGUGUGGCGGGCCACGCCCAGUGCCACGCCCACCAGCCGCCCGCCAUCGGGAUCACAGGGCUCGGCCAGCGCCACGGCGCCAAGAGCUGUCAAGGAUCUGAGGCAGGCUCUGCAGAACUCCCCGCAAUUCCAUCCCAACCAGCUGACCUCAACGCGCAACCAAAGACAAGUUCUGCAGACUCUGCCGCCGCACCAGCCGCUGCAGCCGCCGCCCUACAGUCAGAGGUCACAGGUCAAGGAUCGGCGGCGGCGCAGCUUCGAGUGCCUCGAUGGCGCCGCCAGCCUGGCGGCCAUGGAGCACAUGGACUCCGGCUCGGAUCACUCCGGCGGCAGCGAUGUGACCGUCCAAAUCGCCGAUGUGAUCGACUACGCGGACGCCUAAAAGUAUGCAGAGCCCCAACAUAUAUAUAGUACUCUAUAUAUACCUAUAAUUCUGCCACAACUGUCAUACCUGCCACCUGCCACCCACAAAACACAGAAAAACAAAAAUACCGAAAACACUAUGUGAUAUUCUCUGGAUAUGCGACGAACUGAGGAGAGCUACGCAUAUGUUGAUAUAGCUAUAUAUCUAGGGAGAACCGAUCGAGGAGAUAUAUAUACCAUAAGCUAGAUUAAGUUAAUUAAUUUAAAUAAAUGGCCCGACCGACAAA